AAUUUUUUUUUUGAGCUCUUCAUUUUUUUUAAAUUAUUUUUUAAUAGUUAUUUCCCCAAUACAAUUUGCUUUAAAACAAUUUUAUCACAAUAGGACAAAUAUCAAACUGAUAUUUCUUAUUAGAGAUGGAGUCGAAACUGGCUCUGGAGACCGCAUCCACUGGAUUUUCAUUGAGUAUAAUUAGUUUUUAAUAUAAAUGGCGAAUGCUGUAACUCUGAAACACUUAGUAAGGUAAAGAGUCUUGUACAGACCCAGAACUAUUAAAGCACCAAACAUUUAUUAGGCACAUACUAUGCUUCUGGGCACUGUGCAGAUAACAGAGGUGCCUAAACUAAAAAAAAAAACCCUGCCCUUAUUAAAGUAUGAUUGAAAGUAUAAUGGAGAAUGUACUUUAUAGAGAGAGUCAAAAACAAUCCUUAAUGGUCACAAAUUUGAUGGCUUAUGGUAUAUUUGGAAGAAAAAUGUCUUAUGUUAUAAUUGGCUUAGACACAAAUUCUCAUGCUGAAGAAACAAUGUAGAAAAAGCAUGAACUAGAAAGCAACCAAAUCAGAUUUACCUUAUACUUUGCUGCUAUUUAUUAACUCAACCAUUCAUCAAAAAUUUAUUGAGAGCCUACACUCUGGAAGAAGCAGAAUUAGAUGCUGGAAAGCACGGUAGCAAAUAAGAGAGACCAGCUCUCUGCUUUCUGUGUGAACAUGAACUUGUAUCUUAACAUUUUCAUGUCUCUACCCUUGCUUAGGCAAGAUGUCUGACGUUCCUUUCAAACCUAAAACACUAAGCCUCGUGGAGGGAGAGGCUGCCCAGGCAGGCAGCCUUGGGAUCUGAGGACUUACCUUCCUCUUAGAGGGUUAGCUCUUGUCUUGAUUUCAAAACAAAUUCAUAUACAUAGUUUAAAAGUGUUUUGAUCAGUUUCUCAUCUGCAUUUGGGUCAUCUUGGCAAAGCCUAGGUGUGGCAAUUCCUGCUCAUAAAACUUCAGAGGUCGAAGGUCAAAGUUUGGCAAAGGGGGACAACUUGCAUCAGUAUAGCUGGACAGCUGUUCCCAGCAAGCAGCCUUUGCUGCCGCGCCACCUUGCCUUCCGACCAAUACCACAGUUUCUCCUGCUGCUGCGUCCUUCUUCCUUUGCUUCCGUGACCUGUUGCUCCUCCGGCGUAAUGAGCCUCCAAAAGGGAUUGCUUAUCAGGGGACCAGAAGUGAUCGGCUUUAUGAGACGGAAAGAACUGUUCUUGCAUCCCACAGUUUUUCCAGUUGGUAUCAAGAGUCUGAACUGAAGACAUUUUGCUCCAAAAACAUACUGGUCAUCCUUGGCUUCUCCUCCAUCAUUGCUGUGAUAGCAUUGCUUGCUCUGGGGCUGACCCAGAACAAACCAUUGCCAGAAAAUGUUAAGUUUGGGAUUGUGUUGGAUGCAGGCUCUUCUCACACGAGUUUGUACAUCUAUAAAUGGCCAGCAGAAAAGGAGAAUGACACAGGUGUGGUGAGUCAGGUAGAAGAGUGCAAGCUAAAAGGUCCUGGAAUCUCAGAAUUUGCUAAAAAACUAGGAGAAAUAGACAUUUAUCUGGAGGCAUGCAUGGAAAGAGCCAGGACGGUGGUUCCAAAGUCCCAGCAUGCAGAGACACCAGUUUACUUGGGAGCCACAGCAGGCAUGCGGUUACUCAGGAUGAAAAAUGAAAAUUUGGCAAGCAAAAUCCUGUCUACAGUGGCAGAGAGCAUCACGAGAUACCCCUUUGACUUCCAGGGUGCCAGGAUCAUCACUGGCCAAGAGGAAGGUGCCUAUGGCUGGAUUACUAUCAACUAUCUGCUGGACAAAUUUAUUCAGAAAUCAGGUUGGUUUAACCUGAAGCCAAGGAAAGGUGAUACUCAGGAAACCUAUGGAGCUUUAGACCUUGGAGGAGCCUCUACACAAAUCACUUUUGUGCCCCAAAACCAAGUGCUCGAGUCUCCAGAAAACACGCUGCACUUCCGCCUCUAUGGCAAGAACUACAGUGUAUACACACACAGUUUCUUAUGCUAUGGGAAGGAUCAAGCACUCUUGCAGAAACUGACCAAGGACCUUAAGAAUACAAAUGGAACCAUCCAUGAACCAUGCUUUCACUCUGGAUACCAGAGGAGAAUGAAUGUGAGUCACCUUUAUGAGGCUCCCUGCACCAGGAGAUUUUUGACGUCUCUUCCAUUUCCUGAACUUGAAAUCCAAGGCACUGGAGACUUUCAGAAAUGCCAGCAAAGCAUCCGUCCACUCUUCAACACCAGUUACUGCCCUUACUCUCGUUGUUCCUUUGAUGGGGUUUUCUUACCAUUACCUCAAGGGGAUUUUGCGGCAUUUUCAGCUUUUUACUAUGUGAUGGGGUUUUUAAACCUUACAUCAGAGGAAGGCUCAUCUCAGUCAAAGGUGACUAGCACAUUGGAAGCGUUCUGCUCUCGGCCUUGGGCAGAGCUGCAGAUGUAUUUUGGUGACGUGAAGGAGAAGUACCUGAGUGAAUACUGCUUUUCUGGCACCUACAUCCUCACACUUCUUCUGAGUGGCUAUCAUUUUACAGCUGAGACCUGGAAGAAUAUUCAUUUCAUGGGCAAGGUCCAGAGCACCAGUGUCGGGUGGACUUUGGGCUACAUGCUGAACCUGACCAACAUGAUCCCAUCUGAAGAGCCAUCAUCCACACGUCUCUCCCACUCCACCUAUGUCUUCCUCAUGGUCCUUUUCUCCCUAAUCCUGGUCAUAGUGGUCAUCAUAGGCCUAUUUGUCUGCCACAGGCCUUCAUAUUUCUGGAAAGAUAUGGUAUAGCAGGAGCAACUGAAAUCUGCUGGCUGGAGUGAGAAGAAAACUCGCUCAGGGAGCACUUUCCUCCGCAGUGGUGUACAAGGUCAUCGUUCCUUGCUCACCAAGGCCAGUCUUGACCAGCAUGAAGUUUCCUUGGCUUCUGCUGAAGCUUUUCUGUGGGAGGUAUUCACCACCCUCUGCCUCAAAGACUUCCUGGCAGACAUUAUCUCUCUUGUGAGUCUUUCCAAACACCCCCUUUUUCUUUUGUACUCUGUGCUGGGUAGGUCUUAAAGACCUGCCUCCUUUCAUGAUCUUUGCUUUAUAAAGAGCAAUAUUGACCUGGUCCAGAAGAACUGAGAAUCCUGAGUCCUGUGCUGGGAAGUUGCACUCACUAAAAGAAGAGUCUUGGGAACUGAUUAAGUUGUGGUCUUACAGACCCGCUCUCUCUCUCUCCCUCUCCCGUUUCCCAUUUUUUUAAGAAAGCCAUAGAGGAGUUCCCGUCGUGGCGCAGUGGUUAACGAAUCCGACUAGGAACCAUGGGGUUGCGGGUUCGGUCCCUGCCCUUGCUCAGUGGGUUAACGAUCUGGCGUUGCCGUGAGCUGUGGUGUAGGUUGCAGACGCGGCUCGGAUCCUGCGUUGCUGUGGCUCUGGUGUAGGCUGGCAGCCACAGCUCCGAUUGGACCCCUAGCCUGGGAACCUCCAUAUGCCGCGGGAGCGGCCCAAAGAAAUAGCAAAAAAAAAAAAAAGACCAAAAAAAAAAAAAAAAAAAAAAAAAGAAAGCCAUAGAAUGCCUUUGGAGAAGACAGACACGCAUCCCAUUCCCAGCCUGCCCUUUGCAUGGGAGAAUUUUCUAGACUAGGAGAAUUUUCUAGACUAGGCAAAUAUGUGCUAAGGCAAAAGAGGCUUGUGAAGGAACUUAUGUGCUUAGGCAGUUAAUACUGUAGUUAAUCCAAGCCAAAAGAAGAAUGUGGAUGAAUCACAUAUUCCUGGGUAAUGUCAAAAUGCUGCAAAGUGGAAUACUCAGACCAGAGAUUAUUUUAAAAGCUGCUGUACAUACAGAUAGGCAUUCAGAUAUCAGGGCAUAUUAUCUGUGUACAUACAGAGGUACACGUGUCAGGAAGAAAAAUACAGUUACAGCACAAGGUCGGGAAAAUGCAUCCCCCAAUACAUCUAUUGGGAUUUUGUUUUUAUUGUGGCAAAAUGCAUAUAACAUAAAAUUUGCCAUUAUAACAUGUACAAUUUAGUGGCAUUUAGUACACUCACAAUGUUGUACAACUGUCACCACUAUCUAAUUCCACAAUGUUUUUAUCUAAUUCCAUAAUGUUUUCAUCACCAAGAAACUGGCUGGAGACAAGACCAUCCUGGGGUAGGCUUGAACCAUCAUCCUGGGGUAGGCUUGAACCAUCCAUUUAGCCAAACACGCUAACCAGUUGCACCACAAAGAUGCUCACUGAGUUUUAAAACCAUGCCAUAGCUUACUGUCCCAGGGCUUAAUUUAGUGAGAGAGUCACAUCUGCAAAUGUUGUUGCCAGUUCUAGGUAUUUUUGCUUUAAGCAUCUUUGCCAUAAACAUCUUUGCCACAAGCACUUUUGCCUAUAAACAUUUUCGCUUCAUAACCAAUUGGCUGUAAAGAAAAUUUUCCAUAAAAGAUAAAAUAAUGAAAAAUAAAAGAGGGACAAUCAGAAGGGCAUAAUGAAAUGAAUAACAAUUUGAUUUUAUUGUGAAAUAUAAAAUAUUUGAGUACAUUUAAAAUGUGUGUGGAUUCCUGGCAAUACUGCAAAUAAUUUUUAUUUUGUGGGUUAUACCCAAGCACUUGUCUUCCAAGUCUUUCAUUCAUGGCAUUUUAUACCACCCCACCCCACCUCUUUUGGCCCUGCCUGUGGUAUAAAGAAGUUCCCAGGCCAGAGAUAGAACUUGAGCCAUAGCAGCGACGACACCAGAUCCUUUAACCACUAGGCCACCAGAGAAGUCCAGUCUUUUCAUUUGCUUUGUUUUUUGCUCAUCAAUUUCUCCCCUUGUUUGGCAUUGUACUUUUUCUUUUUCACUAAAAUUUCUUCCUUCAUUAAGGUGACUAUCAUUUCUAAAUACUUGGAAGCAUCUCUGUAACUGAGCUUUGUGCUAUGUUUUGAAAACUUCUACACACUUGUUGUUUGUUGUUGGCAUAUUGUCAUAUGUCCAUUGAUAGACAGUCCAAAGUUCUGUGGGAAAUGUGGUUCAAUUCUGUACUUUCCAGGAUCUUGGCCUCUUUCUUCUCCAAUGUAGUGUGUUUCAAAAUAAGAAAACAACUCUUGGGGCAAAUCGUUGUCAUCUGACAGCUUGAUACAGCCAUUAAUAAUGUUACCAACUGGAAAAAUGCUAAUGCAUUUCAGCCAGUUGAAACCAAGUUGUCAAACCAAAAACUGUCCCUCAAUUAUUUUAUCUUUCAUGGGAAUAUGCCUUACAGCUGAUUAGUUAUUCGAUGAAAAUGUUUGCAGCAAAAAUGCUUGUGGCAAAGAUGUCUAUGGCAAAGAUGCUUAUGGUGAAGGUAUCUAGAACCCAUUUCAAAAUGUAAUUAAGAUAUGUUAUCAAUGAGAUAAUUUGUUUUUCAUAUUAAGUUUUUGAAAUCUGUUGUGCAUAUUACACUUACAACACAUCUCAAUAAAGACUACAUUUCAAG